AUGAUUGCAGUGAAUGUGGGAAAUUCUUUAGCUAUAAGUCUGACCUCAUUACUCACCAGAGAAUUCUUACUAGAACAAGGCCUUAUGAAUGCACGGAAUGUGGGAAGUCUUUUAGCCAGAGCUCUCAUGUCAUUAAACGGCAAAGAGUUCACACUGAAGAAAGGCCUUAUGAGUGCAGUGAAUGGGAAAUUCUUUAUUUCCUUCACCCACCUGUUCCAACACCACAGAGUUCACACUUGUUUAAGGUCUCAUGUGAUGAAUGUGGAAAAUAGUUUACCAACUCAUCCAACCUCAUUAAACACCAGAGAGUUCACAUUGGAGAAAGGCUACUUGAGUGUAGUCAAUAUGGAAAAUCCUUUAGCUGCCUCAUUUCACACUGUAGAAUUCACAUGGGGCAAAGCCUUAUGA